UCCGUGCGCUCACUGGCUGCUCGGUCUCUCAUGUGUGACAGCCCGCUCAGAGGUCGGACUGCCGGGGACCGAUCACCGGUCAUUAAGAGACGGAAGCUCUCAGUGUGCGGACUCUCCUACCUGCGCCAUCGGAGCCCAUCGCCGGGACCGGGAGAGGUCGGAGGAGACUUUACGCACGGCUCCGCGUCCGUGAAGAGAUGGAAUGCAUUGAAAGGACUCUGUGAAAGUUUGCUUUUCGGACAUGGAGACGCAAACGAAAGGACAAUUAGUCACAAUCAAGUCACCCAUCACCCUCGGCGGGGUUUGAGGUGCAGCGGAGGAUGACACCUGCACCAGGCUGGCGAGGACCGACGCGUUGCUCCAGACUUGGCAUCUUUGAAGAGUAGGUCAAAGCCCCUGCAAGAGCGACUUUCUGUCUGCGAUUCUGCAGACAUAUCAUUAUUCUGCUCGCCGUCCUUACCAGUUGUCCUCUGCAGAAAGAGUGCAUUUGUUGCUCCUGUAUGCCUCCAUUCAUCCACGUUCAGCCUGGACUGCGGCAAAAACACAACAGCGACAGUCAGUCGCCUCGUAUCCGGACCUAACACAGGUGAGCCGAGGAGGACAGACAGCUCAACUUGACCUGUCCUCACUGCUCGCCUCUUCGUGAUGUUUCCCUGUUGAGAAAUCUUCUGGAUAAUAAGGAAUAACAGAGAAGGAACGCCUCCCCCCCCAACCCCCCACCCCUCUACGGCAACCUCUAAGGCAACGUAAUCUCCGGAGCACUGACUCACCAUGGGCACUGUACUAUCCCUCUCGCCUGGCUCCCGUAAAUCAGGCUACUAUGACAACCGCCCCGGCUCGCUCAGCCACUACCCGAGCCUCAGCAGCCGAUCCCUCAACACCCAGAAAGACCGCGGGCUAAAGAGGGGUCAGUCCAUCUUCCUGCCGGCGCUCACGUGGAAGCGGCUGGUGGCCUCCACGAAGAAGAAGGGCAACUCGAAGAAGGGCUCCGGCGGUCCCGUGACCCUCGGGGACCCUCUGAACAACAACAACAGCAUCAACAUCUACCAGAAGGACCCUGUGCUGCACCUCAACCGCGAGAAUGUGAAGAAGUCCCUGUCAUGUGCCAACCUGUCCAGCUACGAGGGCCCAGCGGGACUGGGUCUGGGGCUCGGCUACGGACUGGGGAUGGGCCAGGGCCACGGAUACGGCUACAGCAAAUCCCAGCAGCUCUCCUCGGCGAAGAAAGCCCCCCAGGGGACGGCGGCCACGUCCCCGAAGCGCGUCAUCGUGCAGGCCUCCACCAGCGAGCUCCUGCGCUGCCUGGGCGAGUUCCUGUGCUGCCGCUGCUACCGCCUGAAGCACCUGUCUCCGGCCGACCCGGUGCUCUGGCUGCGGGCCGUGGACCGCUCGCUGCUGCUGCAGGGCUGGCAGGACCAGGCCUUCGUCACGCCGGCCAACGUCGUCUUCGUCUACAUGCUGUGCCGGGACGUGGUGGACGGGGACCUGGUGGCAUCGGAGCACGAGCUGCAGGCCAUCCUGCUCACCUGCCUCUACCUGUCCUACUCCUACAUGGGCAACGAGAUCUCGUACCCGCUCAAGCCGUUCCUGGUGGAGGCGGGGAAGGAGGCCUUCUGGGACCGCUGCCUCGCCAUCAUCGACGCCACCAGCUCUAAGAUGCUGCGCAUCAACGCGGACCCGCACUUUUUCACGCAGGUGUUCGCUGAACUGAAGAGCGAGGGCGGCUGUGGCCCUCAGGACUAUAGCCGGGUGCUGGAUCGGUGAGACGAGGCCCGGGCGCCCAUCCUCGCAUGCCUUUUUGUACGCCCAUGCACACGUACACUUACCCCCCAGACACACACACAUCCGUCUCCUACAGAAUCCUCUCCUGUUUUUUUUCGGCCUAUAUUAAAUUACGUAGAUGUGUUUAAUCGUCCCGUGUGUGUCCCUUCCAUCCGCUGAGAGUUGGCUAACAGAGGUCGGUUUGGUCUGAGUUUUCUUUAACCGAGGAGCCAUUUGGUCCACCUGUCCCAUCUGACCCCCCUGUUUCUAAGUCCAAGUCGUCCCAGCUGCUGCUCUGCAUCUUCACAGCCGGCGUCUUCUACCCUGGCAUCUAUCUUAAGAGGAUGCCGCCACCACCCCGCAUCUAACCCGGUCAUUCUGAACGUUUUCUUCUCAUCAGAGACAGUUGACGAUUAAACCGAGGCUCAGACAAUACCCAGACCCGCGGCUCGUGUGUUUUCCUGGACGGAACAGGUCUUGACACCCACUGCUGGUCGAGUCAGACUGACGGGAACAGCUGAGAGGGUUUCACGUUUAGGCCCCUGCUGUGUAAUCGAAAAAAGCAAAAGGAACGGGCUUCCGUGCCGGAGCCUUUUUUGAGGGUCGCCUGGCCUGAGGGGACAGAUCCUAUUUGUGUCUUAUUUAAUCUGAGGAGAGUCUCCGGGUGGAAGCAGAAAGUGGAUUUCAUGACGAGCGUUUUGCGUAUGUGCGUGCGUGUAUGUGUGCGUGGCAGUCGUGGAGUGGACGGCCGCCAGGGUCAUCAGCUGUUUCCCCCCCGUCCUUUGUUCCCUGCAUCUUGUUGACAGGGCACCCACGGCCGUGGCAUUAAUGAGAUUAGCAGAUUACUAAAGCCCCUCCCCUCUCUCAACCUCUGCCCCCUUCUUGUCCACCAGCCUGCAGAGCCUCGGCGUCUAAUCCAGGCCAGGCAGGACCGGACAGGACCGUAAACACACACACGCACACACACAUGUGUGUGGACUAAAUGCAUUCAAAUGUCCUCGCUGUGUGCGCUUUCUUCUCCUCCGCCGCAUGAAUUAAACGCUGUGUGACAACAUGCGUGUAGCUCCAGGUUUCAAAAAGCCACUCAGGCAGGAAUGACAACACGAGUGUGAGUUGUGGUUGAAGGAGGAGAAGGAGGGGGAGGUGGGGGAGGAGGAGGAAGAGAGGGGGGCGGGCGGCGGCUUUGUUUUGUUGCUGCUUCUGAACUCGUCCUACUUUCCCAUCAGUCACCUGCGCAUCCUCAUCCGAGUCUCGCGUCCGUCCCUCAGCUCCGGUCUCUCGCUUAAAUUACUCCCCCGGAUGAACCGUUGGCAUUUGUGCUUCAGUGGCUUUAAUCUCUAUUCCCUGAGUGUUCGGCGUUUGUGCACGGGGGGGUCACAGAUGAGCCAGCGUUUUUAGUUGUACGUCUUUAGGGAUUUCAUUUUUUUUUUUCUUUUUUCUUUUCUUUUUUAGAGCUCAUCAGUUUAAUACGAUUAUCAACAGGAUUUCAGAUCCCUAGACAUCCAGAGGUUUAGUUCCCGUCUACUGUUUGCACAUACGAAGGUCAUCCUGUAAUGCAGGAAGCUCCAGUAAAUUCAAGUCGAGCACAAAUUAGCAGCCGAGAGUCGCCAUUUAAAUCUUUUAAAUCUUCUUUAAAUAAUUUUAGCCGAUUUCUGAUCGCGUUUGGGGUAAAAAUAUAAAGUUUGCCCAAAGUUUUGAACUUAUACCCCCUUAAAACGUGGGUGUAAGGUUAAAACCAUCAAGAAAGACGGCCAUGAUUAAAUAGUUUUCUGCUUUCCUUCUCUUUGACUCAUCUGAGGACCCUUUAAGUUGAACCUUUGCCACUUUUUUUUGGCUCCUUAACCUAAGGUCGAGCCUGCAAAAAAUGAAUUUGGAGAAAGCAAAAAAAAAAUUGCUUGCAUCUUAUAUUUUGUUCAGCGACAAGAACUUUGUGCUCAUUUUAAGAAUCGUUGUAAAGUAAAAUACAAGAUGAUUUGAUUGAAUACAAGAAUAUUUUUGAUUCUUUCUAGUGAUGCUCUUUUUGCAGUGUGCAGGAAGCUGUUUCAAACUCAAUUCGGUGACAAUUACUAAAAAGCUUUAAUCUAGAACCAGGCCUCUCGGGUGCCUGUGGUGCUCCGCCCUCGUCCUCCGGUCACUUUGCUGUGAUGCUAUGUUAUCAUAUGUCGUCAUAUGAUAAAGAUUUGACCUUUCCACGCACGUGGCACGCGGGCGCACUGCGCCACGCAUCCUCCUCCUCGGGUAAUCCAGCCCUAAUCCUCUCACCCAAUCAAACAGAGAGCGGGAGCGCGGGAUGAAAACGCGGCGCAAUAAGUAAACGUGUCGGAAUCUGAUCAUAUCCGAUGCAAAACAAACUCGCCGCCCUGGGGUUGUGGGGUUGGUGUGGGGGGGGUUGAGUCCGCCUCCCCCGCCUCCUCCGAGGGAUCUCGCAUGAGCUCACACCAGUCGGCCCCCGAGAGAAGCGACUGAAGGCGGUGAGUCACCGCUCGGAGAGCAGGGAAUCGAAACGCCGCUGCCUCUUUCUCUCCUUCUUUCUCUGGGGGCUCAGACCGGCGGCCAUUUUGUUGUGGUCUGCGGUUGUUGUGGUCAAUGCAGCUCUCUCUUUCUCCGUCCCUGUCCCGCUUGGCCUGGCCCCGGCUUUGACAAGGACACUUGUGUCUUGACUCCCUCCCUCCCUCCCCCCGUUUCCACACACACUCAGCUGUUGUUCCCUCCAUUAGAUUUGACACCCCACACCCGCCGGCCAUUGUCAGGACGAGGAGAGGACAGAAUGGGGCUGUUUGUUGGCAUCGGGGAGGUUGUGUGGUUUGUGUGUGAAUGCAGGCCAAAGUUAAGGACAACAUCUGCUUCCACCGCGCUCCUCCGCGCAGACCUUAAUCAAAGCAUCAGCUCACGCACAGAUAAGGAAAAAUCAGACCGUCCUUUAUACCCGCACACUUUAGCCACGUUCACGUUUAUUUCGCUCUAAUUUAAUGUAAUGCAAUUUGUCGACUUUGACACAGUUUGACCAGAAGGCAUCUGUCCCCUCAUUCCUACGAUCCGCAUCGUGGAGCCGCUCCUCCAAUCGUCGGCCUCCGAGCCAAUUAACUCUCCUCUCAGCUGGAGCUCUAAUUCUGUUCAUCCAAUCAAAGCCCUCGACUCUCAGAGCUCUGUGGAUCGUUUGUGUUGAAAACGACUGGUUCCAGAUGUUACGUUUCAGCUUGGGCCUGGACUCUUCACUGGGGAGUGGCACUGAGAAUAUUUCAGGGUGGGGGGGCUUUACUCCGGCUCUGAUUUGGAUAUUUGUGCGAACAAUGUGAUAAAAGACUUAAAGGAGAAGACUGGUGUUGCCUUGUACGUUUCUUCCUGUCAACAAACGCCUUGUUUCAGACCGUACUUUUGUCAGCUCUGUCGUAGGCCACUGUUACGAAUGUACACCUUCAACUCUUAACAAGGUUUUCCUUAAAGAACUUGGGCACUGUAGUUUUUUUUUUUUUAAAGCAAAAAGACAGAAAAUGCUGAAUCUGUAGGGGACUAUUUUCAGCUGCGGAUGAACACACGUUUAAUUCUUAGCAGCAAAACUUUGUUUUUGGACAAAGAAAUGUUGGUUUUUACGUGAUUUGUUGGCAACAAGAAAUGUAUGACUGCACCACCAGUUGUCUUUUAAGUCGCCACAGCUCUGUGAGUUGUGUUAUUUCAGUAUGCUGCUGCUGCUGCUGCUGCUGCUGCUGCUGCUGUAGGUUGGUGUGAACUUUCAAUGGCGCACCUUAGACUGAGGAUGUAAAUAUGUCGGAGGGUGUGUGUGUGUAAAAAAAAAAAAAAGAGUUGUUAAGAAUGAAAAAACAAAAAGAACAAAAAGAAAUAGUCUUGCUGUGUAGUAGCAUGCAUGCCAGCCGGGUAGCUUCUAGACUUUUUCUUUCUUUUUUUUUACCUCUGCUUUUUAGUUGUUUUUAUAUAUAUAUAUGUGUGAUUAAAACUGGAUCUUAUUGGAUGAUUCCUUUAUAGGAAACAAGAUGUCAACAGUGUUAAAGUCUCUUAUGGCUGCAGGUUUAACUACCAUCUCUAGUCCAUGUUUAGAAACAAUAGAGACGAAAAGAAAAUAUGAAAUAACAAAAGCAUGUAAAUUCAUGUGACACAACUCUUUUAUUCCGAACUUUCCUCCAGUCGCCAAAAUUAAUUUAUCACGUUCUUAAGUUGUUUUGUUGUUUUUGUUUUCUUUUUAAAUCUGAGCCUGAUUCGUAGCCAAACUACUGCAACGAGAAACUCACUGCCUUCACAGAUUCACAGCACACGCGUACAUAAACGAUGGCUAUCGGUGGCUUUUCCCUCAUCAAUGCACCAGCUGGCGACACAAAGGAGGCCAUUGUACGCGUUAGCGUUAGUCGCAGGCAGCUCCGGCUCCGACCGCAGCCUCAGCCUCGGCCUCGGCCUCGGACGCGGAUGAAACACUUCAGAGUCACCUCCAAGCCGUCGUUGUGCCAGCACUGGACAGAUGUUAGCACACAGAUAAAUAUACAACUGUCCAGCUCCUCCCUCCUCCUCCUCCUCCUCCUCCCUCCUCCUCCUCGUUACCAUGGUUACCUUUCCUAGGCCUUCAUUGUGAGUGUCACACCGAUAUGAAGCAGCACAUCACCUCGAGUGACUUUUGUAAAGCCACUGAAUUGAGUUAAAAAAAAAUAAAAAAUAAUAAUGAAUAAAUAAAUAAAAUACUGUGUGUUGAUGGGGAAAACUUGAAGAAAAACAAAUGUGACUGUUUCAUUUUUUUUUCAUGUUUUUUGUUUUCCUUUUUAUCAUGAUGAUGAUGAUGAUGUUUACUAUAUUGAUUAUUUAAUAAAGUAUUGAGCUGAAGUCCA